AUGUUAGCAGGAAUGAAGAUAGGCAGGAACUUAAAGAUUGGCUUAGAACGAUAUUUAAAAUCAUGGGAAAGUGUUGAUGAUCCAUCUAUCAGAGAUUUCACUUACAGAAUUGAAGUUCGUGGGCUGCCUCAAAUGGUUGUUAGCAUGGGAUCUGAAAAAAGGCAUCGCUCUGGGCCAUGGAAUGGAACUCAAAACAAUGGUCUCCCAAUGGGCCAGCUUUUGUAUUUACUGAGGAUGUGUUGUUUAUACUGCAUGAGCCUAACAAUGAACCACUCAGGUUUGCUCCAGCGUCUUGUUUUGCACCCAAGAAGCUCUGAAUGGGUUGUCAUGUACUCAAAUCCCGAUGACCCUUCUGACAGGUAUGGGCAGUGUGGUGUUAAUGACAUUUGCAAAAUCAACAAGUCACCAAUUUGCGAGUGUUUGACAGGGUUUGCACAAAAAUCACAAGAGAAAUGGAAAGUACUUGAUGCAUCUGAUGGUUGCAUGCGAAGAAUGUCGUUGGGCUGCCAUAGUGGAGGGGUGUUCGUAAAGGUUGCAGGAGUAAAAUUUCCCGACUUGAUAAGAGUGUCAUUUGCAUAA